AUGACUCGUAAAUACUUAUAUCUACUUAUCGCUUUUGUGUCCUUUCUCUUUCUCGCGCUCACUAAAGCUGCUCCAGAACUAGACCAAGAACCCACAACCAGCGCCAAUCAUGUAACAAUUUCCACAAGAUCAACAGUAAUGGAUAUUCCAUUCCGUCAUAUUGAAUCACUUUCUUCGAACCUAGCCGCAAAAUUUACUGAAGUGCUUGCUAAAUUGGGUAAGGAGGUUGCUUCUGAAGAUAAAUCAAAGAAAGAUUUAUUUGAGUCGAAGCACCUUCAACCUGGUGAAAGUAGAACAUUCGAAAUUGCGGUUAUUCCAUCUCGCCGUAAAUAUUCGAUCACUUUCGAACGCUUAGCUAACAAAAAAUGGGGACAUUCAUAUCGCGUUGUUGUUGAUCCAUACAACGAGCAAGAGGACGCCUGGGAAUACAGAUACGUCGUUCCAUACAUUGGUAAAUUCGACGUAGAUUCAAAAGACGAUGAAAAAGAAGGAAAAGGAGACGCCGACAAUCUCAUGCACAUUUUCGAAAAGGCCUUCCACGGUCGAAUUCAUGAAUCACACAAAACCGACACCAACCGUGACAACUUUGAAAUGAAUCGUCGCCACUCUUUCGAGUACGAUGUCGAAUUUCUCCAUACCAAGGAUCGUACAAGAUUUAUUGUAGAGAGCAGAGGUAAAAGCCGUUAUGGUCGAGUCUUUACGUUGACUGCAAGAUCUCUUACCAUUGAUGCUGAGUUGGAAGCUACUAUCGUUAUUCCUUAUAAGGAAUAUCGUGAUUAG